AUGGUCAUGUUCCCCGGGUAUUUAAACCGCAGCCAUACCCAUGGGCAUCAGACAGCUCCUUGGUGGUGGGUCAACAUGAAUGCUCUGACUGUGAUUUCGGUGGCGACCCUCGUGGCUAGCGGCAGCGCCUCCUUGCUUGCGUACAACGGCGUAUAUGGAGGCCAUCACGGCCUUCUUGGCGCCUAUCCUUACGCAGGGUAUUCUGGUGUAGUGCCCUACGCAUACGCAGGUGGCCUUCCCGCAGCUGCUUCUCUCACCAUCAAAACACCUGUAAUCAAGACCUUGGCUCCUACACCUAUCUCUUACAACGUGGCUCCUGCACCUGUCUCCUACAACGUAGCUCCUGUAGCUGUAUCCUACAACGUAGCUCCUUCAUCUGUUUCCUACAACGUAGCUCCUGUGGCACCUGUUCAGUCUCAGUAUCACGCUCAGGAUGAGAUCGGUCAGUACUCCUUCGGUUACGCCGCGGUGCAUCUUCACGCGCUGAGUCUCGCGAUGCCUUCGGUGUUGUCCGUUGGUUCGUACAACUACGUGGACUCUGAGGGAAAGGUUCAGACUCAGCACUACGUGGCUGACGCCCUUGGCUUCCGUGCGCCUACAACGAAGCGCCCGCCGCCGCGCCCCUACUCCUUCGGUUACGCCGGCGGUCCUUCUUCACGCGCUGAGUCUCGCGAUGCCUUCGGUGUUGUCCGUGGUUCGUACAACUACGUGGACUCUGAGGGCAAGGUUCAGACUCAGCACUACGUGGCUGACGCCCUUGGCUUCCGUGCGUCCGGCACCAACCUUCCCAUGGCUCCCGACGCCCCUCUGGCCGCCCUCCCCGGCCCCGUCCCCGAACCCGUCCAGGACACUGCUGAGGUAGUCGCCGCCAAGCUCGCCCAUUUCCAGGCCUACAACGAAGCCGCCGCCGCCGCCGCUGCCGCCCCAGACACCCGCUAAAGAGUGUUUUAGAAACUGCAUCAUAUCUGUGCGUAGAGCUCUCGCCAGCAGAUAACAGCAUCAAGACUCUAGUCAGUUACGAUCGAGAGUUGACGGACGUGUAUGAGAUACCUCUGAAUAAAAGUUUUUGUA